AUGAAAUCCAAAAAUAGCUUAGAUUUGCCAAACAUCGAGGAAGGUAAUAGUGGAGGAAAUGUGGGUGGGAAUGGUCCACUAAAAAAAGGUCCCUGGACAUCUGCAGAAGACGCCAUUUUAAUUGAGUAUGUUAACAAGCAUGGAGAAGGGAACUGGAAUGCAGUCCAGAAGCACUCGGGGCUUGCCCGGUGUGGAAAAAGUUGCCGCUUGAGGUGGGCGAACCACCUAAGACCAGAUCUAAAGAAAGGCGCAUUCACUCCAGAGGAGGAACGUCGUAUCAUUGAACUUCAUGUUAAAAUGGGAAACAAAUGGGCUCGAAUGGCUACCGAGUUGCCUGGGCGCACUGAUAAUGAGAUCAAGAACUACUGGAACACUAGAAUCAAAAGAAGACAGCGUGCUGGCUUACCAAUCUAUCCUCCUGAUAUCUGUAUGCAAGCAUUAAAUGAGAACCAACACAACGAGAACAUGGAUAAUUUCACAUCUGGAGACAUCAGACAUUCUGACUUAAUGCCUAUGAACGUCUUCGAAAUUCCUCAAUUUAAUGGUAUAGAACUCAAUCGGCAGUUGUAUUCACCUGCCCUUUUUGACAUUCCUGCUAAUGGCUUACUCGAUAUUCCUGCAAGUGGCCUGCUUGUAGAAGGUCUUGACUCUUCUUGUCCGAGCAGGUCUUACCUGUCUACAAUGCAUCCUUCCAAGCAUCCUCAAGGACCAGAAUCUAUGUUCUCUGGUGUAGGUGCCACUAGUGGGGGCAUACUCCCAGUUGGCAGUCAAUAUCCAGACGAUGGUUCUAUGCAGAUUGUUCAAUCAUUUGGGUUUUCCUCUGCGUAUGGUCAUGAUUCAAUUUCCAACCAUGCAUUAUCCUCGAGCUUAAUUCCUGGCAGCCAUGCCAUUACAAAUGGCAAUCCUUCUUCUUCAGAGCCUGCUUGGGCAAUGAAGAUGGAGCUCCCUUCACUCCAAACUCAAAUAGGUAGUUGGGGUUCACCAUAUUCUCCACUGCCUUCUCUUGAGUCAGUUGAUACUUUAAUCCAAUCCCCUCCGACCGAACAUACUCAAUCAUGUAGUUUUUCACCUCGAAACAACGGACUUUUGGAUGCUGUACUAUAUGAAUCCCAAACUAAGAAAAAAUCGAGGAAUUCUUGCCAGCCGACUUCACCUGCUUCCACCAUGCCUGUUGAUGCACUGGAUACUUCAUCUCUCGAAUUCCACGAGACGGAAUGGGAAGCAUAUGGCGACCCAAUCUCUCCUUUUGGUCAUUCAUCUUCAUCGGUGUUCAGUGAGUACACCCCCAUGAGUGGGAAUUCAUUGGACGAACCCCCAUCAGCAGAGACCUUGCCAGGAUUUAAAGUUAAGGAAACAUCAGCUGAUACAGAGAACCAGAUGAUCUUCUCCCGACCAGAUUUCUUGCUUGCCUCGAGCUGUUCCGGUCUUAACAAAGACCGGACCAAGGACUAUUCCUUGCUGAAAGAUGCAUUUGGACCAUUUAUUGGCGAUGAUUUGGUCAAGGAUUGCAAACAAAUCGACACUCCAACUAGUUCAUCAGCUCAAGGGCACGGACACGAUUCUGGUGCAUGGAAUACGAUGUCUACUGCCUAG